AUGCAACCAUACAAGAGAAAAAAGUGGAACUUUCCAGUGAUAUUAGCUGCAUUAGUAUUAUCUGUUACUCAAUGCACAAGCGAACAGAAGUUAUUCGAGACAGUGUUUGAAGACAUUUUCUCAGUUCUGCCGUCGCGGAAACUUCGAGAUGUUCAAAAUGUGAAACGGGAAUAUGAUUUUAUCAUAGUUGGAGCUGGAUCUGGCGGAUCAGUGAUGGCAAACAGAUUAAGUGAAAUCAAUCAUUGGAAUGUGUUAUUACUAGAAGCGGGAAAAUUAGAAAGUCCAAUAACGGAUAUCCCAAUAUCUGCUGCAAUGAUGCAGACAACAGGCUACAAUUGGGGAUAUAAGUCGUAUCCACACGAAAGUGAAUGUCUUCGACUUGAAAACGGUGUCUGUAAUUUGCCACAAGGCCGCGCUAUAGGUGGAACGAGUGUUAUAAACUUUCUAGUUCAUACACGAGGAAAUAAACGUGAUUAUGAUGCAUGGGAAGAACUAGGGAAUCCUGGUUGGAGUUACAAAGAUGUUUUGCCGUAUUUCAAAAAGUUAGAAAAUACCAAAAUAAACUCACACAUAAACGAAAAUUAUCGUGGUGUGAACGGUCCAGUCAGUAUCGAGAAUCCUAAGUUUACAUCAAAAGUAUUAAAACCCUUUUUGAAAGCUGGAUUACAAAUGGGCUACAAAAUCAACGAUCCAAAUGCAGAGGAACAAUUGGGUUUUUCGAAGGUACAAGCUACGAUGCUUAAUGGAGCAAGGUGUAGUGCUGCUAAGGCAUAUCUCAUGUCUGUUUCUAAUCGAACAAAUUUGGAUAUCGUAAAAAAGGCUUGGGUCACAAAAAUUUUAAUUGAUUCGAUUUCAUUAAAAGCAGUUGGAGUAGAAUUUGUUCGAAAUAAGAAAAAGUAUGUAAUUCGAGCUACAAAAGAAAUUAUAUUGUCUGCAGGAGCUAUUGGAUCGCCACAUUUACUAAUGCUAUCUGGCAUUGGACCUAGAGAUAAUUUGGAAGAAGUUGGAGUGCCUGUGAUAAAAGAUAUGAUGGUCGGGUUUAACCAUCAAGACCACGUUUGUAUGCCAGCUCUCACUUUUCGUGUCAAUGCUUCUAUUACCUUAGAUGGACAAGAAGCACAAAAUCCCACCAAUGUAUUUAAGUAUUUAUUCAAGGGAGAAGGUCCAUUAACCUUACCCGGCGGAGCGGAAGGAGUCGCAUUUAUAAAAACUAAUGUUUCGUUCAUAGAACCAGAACAGCCAGAUAUUGAAAUUGUUAUGGGUCCAGGUGGGGUUCACGGUGACGCAUUUGGAGUGUUACGUAAACUUGCUGGAUUAACCAAUGAUUUUUAUGAAACUUAUUUUAGGAAUAUUAUUUCUAAGCCGGCAUUUUCACUAGUUCCAGUUUUACUCAAACCAAAGAGCAGAGGAAGAAUUAAGUUAAAGUCAAAAAAUCCCUUUAAAUGGCCUAUAAUUAAUCUCAAUUUGUUUGAAAACAAAGAUGACGUCAUUGUUUUAAUCGAAGGCAUAAGAGAAUCAAUUAGAAUUGGAGAAUCCAGUGCAUUUAGAAAAUACAAUUCAACUUUUUGGCGCCAAAUACACCCAGGUUGUGAAAGUUUUGUUUUUGACUCUGACGAAUAUUGGAUUUGUGUUGUUCGAAGUUAUGCAUCUUCACUUCAUCACCACUCUGGAACAUGUAAAAUGGGGCCAGCAUCUGAUGUCUCUUCUGUUGUAAAUCAUGAGCUCAAAGUACAUGGAAUAGAUGGUUUAAGAGUCGUCGACGCCUCAAUUUUUCCAAUAAUUCCAGCAUCACAUACAAAUUCCGUCGUCUUUAUGGUUGGAGAAAAAGCUGCCGAUAUGGUGAAAAAUCAGUGGUUGACAGAAGAUAACUUCAUAAAUCAUGAAAAUAUUUUUAAAAGAAAUAAAUGA